AUGCCUAUUAAUGUGAAGAUAUCCCUUUGCAAAAUUACCAGAGCUAGCAAACUUUUUCAACGGAACUACUACCUUCCUCUGCUGAAGCCUUUGUCUCCAAAAGAUGCUUUGAGAAGAAAAAUUAUUACUGGUCAAAAUGUUUUGGGAAAUAGAAUCGAGCAUUACAUCCCAGUCCUUAAACCACAUGAUGAAAAAAUUGCAGAAAAAAGAAGAAGAGGUAAAGGCGUACCAGUGGUCAAGAAAAGAAUAAAACGACAUGCAACCGAACGCUACGUGAUUCCCUUCCUUGAUGAAAACAUGGAAAACCAUGGAAUACUGCAAAAUAUUUUGCGAAGAAAAUCAAAAGGAAAGGGUCAACACUAUCUCUAUGAAGUAACUGAUAAAAUGUGUACCCUGGUGAUUGAUUCACAAAUGGAAAAAGCUUUAAAGGAUAAAGAUAUUGUUGACAUUGUAAUGGCUCAGCGCAGUGAGAAGGUUGUUUUUAAAUUAAGUAACGAACUUAAAAUUACUCUUCCCUUAGCACCUUUCAACGACAAUGUUCCUCUUUAUCGUGGCAGCGGAUGGACUAAAGAAUAUGUCGAGCAGGAACAUCAUCACGGUAAAGAAACUAUGUCCAUAGCCAAACUUUUUGAAGCUAAAGAGUCUGGUGUUGAAGAUUGGGAAUUAGAAAUGAUGAGAUUAGCAAACAAAAGAAAGAAGAAGCACAAGGGUGAAGAUAAUGCCGACUGGAAGCAAAUGUUAUCAGGAUGUCUUGAAGAAAUGGAUUGGGAUAAGUUCGAGGAAGACACAAAACAAAUUGUUGAAGAACAGGAAGAGGUUGUCGAAGAAGAAAAUAUUCCAAUGGAAGUGAACGACAUGGAUAAAACAACGAAUGUAGCUGCGAAACUAAAAGCUGCAGGUGAAGAAGUAAUAUGUCAAUUACCAGUAAUGAAAGAGAUCCCAGAAGUUAUUAAGAAUUUAGAAACUGGUGAAAUGUGUGAAUUAGCAAAUGUAUCUGGUGCAAUGAUAACUCUUCCAAGUAACAGCAAAGAAUGUUUCGUUGUCGGUCAAAUGGUUAAAUCUGAUGAGAAUGAAGUAUUCGUUCCAGGACAAACACUUAUUAGCGAAGACGGUAAUGCAGAUUAUACACCAGGUAUAACAAUUAAUGAUGACCUCGAGCCUACCCUGAUUGCCGGCCUUGUGAUGGGGGAAGAAGAAUCUACACCGAUGUUCUUGCCAGGUGAGUCGACUAUAACCGAAGAAGGACAGUUGAAAUUCGAAUCGACCGAAGAAGACCGACCGAGACGACGACGUCUUCCCUCUGAUAGCCCCCCUCCACCACCCAAACCAAAGCCAAGACCUAAAGUUGAGGAGGAGAUCGUCAUUCGUAGACGUGUUACUGAUGAACCAACCGAGCCACUAAUUAAAGAGAGAGUUAAGAAGCGUGCGCCAGUUAUUGAGCUCAAGAGACCCGACUCUCCUCCUAGGGAAAUUAGGAAAGUCAGAGAACCUAUGGAAGACCCCCUCAAACUAAUGGAAGAACAGAGGAGAAAACGAGAAGAAGAAGAAAGGAAGAGAAUGAAAGACAGGUUGGAAGAAAAAAUCCUUAAAGAAGAAUCCAAGGUGGACAAGUUGCGUUUAGAUAUGAGAAAAAAAUUCUUGAAUCUGAAGUUUGAAAAACCCAAAGAGUACGUGCCGAUCGAACCUAUCAAGAAGAGUCAGAAAUUAGAAGAGUUGGAGUUGAGUAUAAAGAAGGGUACGUUCUUCGACGAUACCAAAACGAAGGAUAUACUCGAAAAAGCGAAGAGUGCGACAAGAAUGUUGAAAUACCAGCACGUUCUUAAUGCAUAUGGUAACGACUUUGGUAAGCGAUUCUAA